AUGGAUAUGUACCUGGUCUGGGGCAGCGGGCGUAUCUUCCUCAAGCCGAUCCCACGAUUUAUCCUCUCCCCCGAUUUCUGGAGAGCCCACUUGCGGUGUCAGGAUGGUUGUGACUGCUCCAAAGGCCAAAAACAAUGCACAACCAAGACACUCAGGCGUAUAGCCCUAGGGUUCCUGCUAACCUAUGCAGCCCUCCUUUCGCACGAAAGCGAUUUCGUCAUCGCCAAGGACAAAGGAUUGCUGCCGAAGGAAGGCGAUCUUCCCAAGUGGGCCGACUGGCGGAAAUUCGUGAAAGAGAUCCUCGCUCCGACGGUGUACAAGGACAUUCACAGGCGAUUUUAUUACGGUGAGCUGCGCCUCGGGCGGCUUAACGCCAUUUAUGUGUUCUACAGGUUUGGAUACUAUAUGAAUCAGUGGCCGAACUACGCCAGCUUCCUCCGAGACCAGCUGGGCUGGCUCGCGGCGACGACCAUCUACAUCGCCCUUGUGUUGACUGCGAUGCAGGUCGGGCUCGCAACGGAUCAGUUAAAAGCGAACGAUCAGUUUAUGACAGCGUCGUAUGGAUUCAGUGUACUUGCCAUUAUGGGACCGUUAGUGGGUGGGAUCACGAUAUUGCUAGUGUUGGUGGUUCUUGUUGUCAUCAAUUGGAAGUUUGAAAAGGUUAAGUCGGCGAAGCGCUUCGAGCACAUAGAGGGCAAAGGAGGUGUACAAGUGUAG